AUGUCACAAGACAGUCGACUUCCUUUCACGUUUAUCACUCGGGGAGAGUUCAUGGUUGCUGCCAUAGUGCUGCCGGCUGUAUGUGUGUUUCUGGUGGCUAUGCGAUUCGUAACGCGUCGGAUAGCUAAACAAGUUGUGGGAGUCGACGAUUGGAUGUCUCUGGUCGCGAUGUUCCUGGUAGUAGGCAUGGGAGUUUGUCUUGCAAUUGUUGAAUUGCAGCAUGUAAUAAAUCGGCCAACACCGUUGCCUAAUGGAAGUGAUUCGCAAAAUCCUUCUAUUCAAAAUACCGAGUCUUAUACUAAGAUUGAAUUAUAUUAUCAAAUUCUGAUGAUUAUUGCCUACGCUUUCGUCAAACUCAGCAUUGUCUUCUUCUAUCGCCGGCUCUUCUUUGUCCUGAGAUGGUCGGCUUUUGACAUCAUCUCCCUGGCAUGCAUAGUGAUAAUCAUUAUUUGGGCACUAACCUCUUUUUUCUUAUUUCUAUUUAUUUGCCAAUCCAAGAUCUAUCUACAAUGGGGACCUCUUCCCGAAGACCAGGACCAGUGCGGAGACUUCUUUGCCGUGGAGUUGGGGCUCGUGAUUUCGGACUUGGUUACAGACAUUAUCGUAUUAACGUUACCAAUGCCUAUCAUUUGGCGGCUGAGACUACACUGGUCUCACAAACUAAGAAUUAGUCUGGUGUUCAUGCUUGGACUCGUUGCAACCGCUGCUUCCAUUACACGGAUGAUAAUCUUCCUCAUUGUCUCCUACGGGAGUUUCGACUCGGAUUACGAUCUCAACCAAACCAAAAGAGCCAUGUUUUAUUGGAGCAUGAUUGAAGAAGGUCUCGGUCUGAUCAGCUCUUGUUUGCCAGUGCUUAGUCCCCUGUUGAGAAGGAUCAAAUUCCCCAAAAGUGCGCAUAAGCCUCUCAAGAAACUUGGAACCUUGGGUUUGUCUUCUAAGAGAACCGGACAUUUUUCAAGAUUGAAAAAGAGAGAAGAGAUACCAGAGAAGAAUAUUGACCAUAAAAAGACCACUAAAAUAUUGGAUAUCAACUGGGUAGGGCUAUCACUGGAAGCACACGAGGUUGCAGAACAGCCUAGGGAUAUGCUUGGUUCGGCCACUUGA